AUGUCGUCGAAUAGCGAGGCAACGAGCCUCUAUCCAUACACUCCCAGCCAUGUUCUGCCGGCAAUCUUCUCUGUGCUGAUCGGGGCAUCUCUGGUCUUGCAUUUAUACCAGAACUAUCUCUAUAAGCUCUGGGGUGUGACGUUCUGGAUGUUCUGGGGAGGCGCCGUCUUCUUGACAGGCUGGAUCGCCCGUUGCGUCUCGAGUUAUCACACCGCGAAUCUGAACCUGUAUAUCGUGCAGACGGUCUUCACCCUCGCCGGACCACCAAUUUACUCGGCAAUGGCGUACAAUGCCAUCGGACGACUCCUGAACUAUCUUCCGAUGCACUCCCCUCUCAACCCGAACCGGGUGAGCUUUCUAUUCAUCUACCUAGGCGCAGCGGUUGAGGGAUUGACUGGCGCGGGAGCUUCGACCAUGGCCACCGCGCUGCCAGAUAUAUCUUCGUUUGAGAAUGGUGGCAAGCUCGUCAAGGCUGCCCUCAUCCUCCAGGCGACUGUCGAGGUGUGGCUGGUGGUGCUGCUCUGGGUGGUCAACCGCCGCUGCGCGCGUGCAGGGAUGCUGCCUCACAAUGUGCGCAUGCUCUUCGUCACCCUCUAUGGUACCUCGACUCUCGUCCUGAUCCGAUGCGUCUUCCGUGUUGUCCAGUCCUUUGCAGAGAUCUCGGCAGUCGCUUGUUCGCCAUCGUGCAGCAGCCCCGUCCUCGAGCACGAAUGGUAUCUCUACGUCUUUGAGGCAGCACCGAUGGCGGUGUUCACUCUGUGGCUCAAUCUCCUCCAUCCUGGGAAGUACCUGCCUCGCGAAAAACGGGUAUAUCUUGAUUUCGAUGGCAAAACCGAACGACUCGGCCCAGGCUGGAUCGACAACCGUUCCCAAUGGCAAACCUUUAUGGAUCCGUUAGAUCUUGAAGGUACCCUCAAGGGCAAACCUGCCCAUGAGCCGUACUGGCAGGAAGCGGAACGAUGGCCGGUCUGUGAAAAUGGAAGCUUUGCAGCCGGGUCAGCUUCAAACGUGAGAGGUCGAGCCCAGAAAAUACACGAAGUGUUUUUCAACAUGGCUAUCUCCUGUUAUUAUGUAUAA